GAUUCGACAGACGGACAUGUGCUACAUUGUUAGCUGCAGCGCCUCCUGUGCUGAUAGUUGCCUCAACGCCUCUCUGACCAACUGCUCUGUGAACUGCUGCAACUCAACUGGCUGCCUCAAUGGUAGUUUUGCAUCCAUGAUGAUGACAAUGACAACCACAGCACCCACAACAACCCCAACACCCAAACCAGCGACCACAAAGACUACAAUCAGUCCACAAACAACAGCAGACAAUGGAAACAAAUGCCAUAAAGGUAUGUGCGUUGGUACAGAUUGCUACAAACAGUUUGCUACAUCCCAAACAUGCGCCCCCUCACAGCCACACUGUCAGCUGAAAAAGGAGUCCAAAGAUUCCAGUUUUCAGUGGACAUCAGGUUGCACUACCAACUGUUCUGGCGAGACCCCAUGCAAGACCAACACCAAACCUCCGUGUCAUCUAGAGUGCUGCAACGCCACCACGACCUCCUGCCUAUGGUUGAAUGGUACACUCAAUCACCCCAAUUUUGCCACAAGAGGUCCUCAUCUUCACACAGAGUUGAUUGCUUUCUUAGUUUGCCUGCUUGCCAUCACUGUGCUGCUGUGAGAGACUGAGUAGGAGCUUGCUCAGCGGCUGUGUGGGUCAUUAGGUAAUCAGAGCUUUGUGUAACUCUCCAUCCAGAAACAAAACGCUUAGCAGUGCAGAGGUUAACACUACUUCGCCUACAACCAUCUUUCUCACUGAUUUUCACAUCAGAUUGUAAUGUAUAUAGUGUAUGUAUGGAAUUAUGUAAAGCAUAAGUUACAUUGUUUACUUGUUUUAUUAAAACUUCCCAAUUACAUUUUUUAUCUCUGAUUCAAGUUCAAAGAAAAAUGGAUUUGAACAGUAUUUCUAAACUGAGAACAUCAACUUCCAGAAUUCUGAAAAACAUGCUGAAAGCAGCUCAGUCAUCACAUCCAACAUUUAGUCUGCGAAUCACUGUUGUAAUUAACAAAACCAUUGAUUAA